AUGUCACUGGAAUCUCAGGCCGAACCCCCCUCCUUUUUCGGGGCAUGGACAGAGGAAGAAUGCUGGUUUCCGUCCGAUGAGGAGGACUCAGAGUAUCCAACCUACAACCCGGAGUCGGAUGAUCGACUGAAAACAAUGGGACUCCAUUACUACUUGGAUAGCUACAUUGGCGGCGCAUGGCCAGCGGACGAAACAAGCUUCCAAAUCUUAAGGUCAGAUCCCCGUCUGAAGGGGCUAUACGAACUUCCCAGUGUCGACGGCCACUCGUGGCAGGCGUCUCUCACCUAUAUCGCGCGUUCCGACGAAGAAAGCAGAUCAUCGCCGCCUCACUUCAGAUGUCUUCUGAGAAGAGAGGUUGCGGGGGAUGAGCGGCUCCUUCGGGGUGAACUCAUCACCAUUGUCAACUCGAUGAUCAACCGGCUGAGCUUCAAGUCCACCUUGCCUCAUACAAUAGCUCCUGUGAUGGUAUAUUCCCUUAAGCAUACCCAGCAAGUUCGCAUCCUGGAGGCCUGUUUCAAUGGCCAAAACCUUGUGGUCAGCUCGACUAAACUGUACGACAUGAUGACCGAGGACACGGAGAGCCUGGAAUUAUUCCUUUGAUGGUG